AUGAAUACUGUAUACCACGUACAGUAUGUCAAUCAUGUGUCUACCAUCCACCCAUCCUUACAUCCAACCCGUGUCCACCAUCCACCCUGUCCCCACAUCCAACCCUGCGUCCACCAUCCAACCUGGUCCACCAUCCCCAUCCUCUCCAUCCACCUGUGUCCACCAUCCACUGCGUCCCCACAUCCACCUGCGUCCACCAUCCUGCGUCCACCAUCCACCUGUCCCCACAUCCAACCUGCAGUCCACCAUCCACCCUGUCCCCACAUCCACCUGCCCACCAUCCACUCCACUCUCACAUCCACCUGUGUCUCACCAUCCACUGUGUCCUUACAUCCACCCCUGUGUCUACCAUCCACCCUGUGUCCACCAUCCACUGUGCCCUACAUCCACCCCGUGUCCACCAUCCACCUGUCUCUUACAUCCACCCUGUGUCCACCAUCCACUGUGUCCCCACAUCUACCCUGUGUCUACCAUCCACCUGUCUCCACAUCCACCCCUGUGUGUCCACCAUCCACUGUGUCUCCCACAUCCACCCCCAGGCCCACCAUCCACCCUGUGUCCACCAUCCACUGUGUCUCCACAUCCACCCCUGUGUCCACCAUCCACUGUGUCUCCCACAUCCACCCCUGUGUCCACCAUCCACUGCGUCCCCACAUCCACCUGCGUCCACCAUCCACCGUGUCCCACAUCCACCUGCACCACCAUCCACUGUGUCCCCACAUCCAACCCUGUGUCCACCAUCCACCGUGUCCACAUCCACCUGCAUCCACCAUCCACUGUGUCCUCCACAUCCACCCCAGUUCACAUCCACCGUGCUCCCACAUCCCCCCUGUGUCUACCCCAUCCACCGUGCUCCCACAUCCACCCCCAGGUCCACCAUCCACCGUGUCCCCACAUCCACCCUGUGUCCACCAUCCACUGUGUCCCCACAUCCAACCUGUGUCCACCAUCCACUGCGUCCCACAUCCACCCUGUGUCCACCAUCCACCUGUUCCCCAAAACCAACCAGGUCCACCAUCCACCUGUCCCUACUCCAACCUGCGUCCACCAUCCACCGUGUCCCACAUCCAACCCAAGGUCUCACCAUCCACCGUGUCUACCAUCCACUCAUCCCUCCCCCAUCCAACCUGUGUCCACCAUCCACUGUGUCCCCACAUCCAACCUGUGUCUCACCAUCCACUGUGUCUCACAUCCAACCUGUGUCUCACCAUCCACUCUGUCUCUACAUCCACCCCAGGCUCCACAUCCACUGUGUCUCCCACAUCCACCCUCAGUCCACCAUCCACUGUGUCCCCAACCACCCCAGGCCCACCAUCCACCGUGUCCCCACAUCCACCCCUGCGUCCACCAUCCACUGCGUCUCCCAUCCACCCUGCACCAACCCAGGUCCACCAUCCACUGUGUCCCCACAUCCAACCUGCGUCCACCAUCCACUGCGUCCACCAUCCACCGUCCCCACAUCCACCUGCCCAUCCAAUCGCGUCCACCAUCCACCUGUGUCCUCACAUCCAACCUGCGUCUCACCAUCCACUGUGUCUCACAUCCAACCUGUGUCUCACCAUCCACCGUGUCCCUCACAUCUCACCUGCACCAUCCACCGUGUCCCCACAUCCACCCUGUGUCCACCAUCCACUGUGUCUCCCACAUCCACCCCAGGUCUACCAUCCACUGCUCUCUUACAUCCACCCCUGUGUCUACCAUCCACUCUGUCUCACAUCUACCCCUGUGUCUACCAUCCACUGUGUCUCCAACAUCCACCCCAGUCUACCCAUCCACUGUGGCCCACCCAUCCACCUGUCUCUUACAUCCACCCUGUGUCUACCCAUCCACUGUGUCCCACAUCCACCUGCAGUCCACCAUCCACUGCUGUCCCCAUGA